UGUGGCAGUGUGGAGGAGCCAGGGAGGGGUGAGUCUAGGGCUGUUUUAGAUGUGUACAUAUAUCUUUCUAUAUACACAUACUGUAAAUAUAUGCACAGAACAGCAUUAGAGUCAGCGAGCUGCUGCGGUGAGAGAGAUCUCCAACAGCUCGGUAUUCAUCUGGGACUGAAGAGGAGCAUGGAGCCAUGAAGAUGUUGGAAUUAAUCACCAGAGAAGAUGUUUUCCUUUGAGAUAUUUAUUUAAUUUAUUUGUCUUUCGUUUUUGUACAUACAUUGCGGCCGGGUUGCCGGUGUUCAGGGACAGUGAGGAUGGACCAGGCGAACAUCCUGAGGAAGUUCAUUCAGGGGGUUCACGCCAUGCGAUCGGGGGAGCAGAGAGGAGAGGACAACUUCAGCUCGGACUUCAUGAGAUUACGCAGAUUAUCGACCAAAUACAAGACGGAAAAAAUCUAUCCCACUAAUGUUGGCGAGAGAGAAGAGAAUGUGAAAAAGAACAGAUAUAAAGACAUACUGCCAUUUGACCACAGUCGAGUGAAAAUGACAUUAAAGACAUCGAAUCAGGACACGGAUUACAUCAACGCAAACUUCAUUAAGGGAGUGGAUGGGCCUGAGGCCUACAUUGCCACACAGGGCCCGUUGCCCAACACUGUUCUCGACUUCUGGAGGAUGAUCUGGGAAUACCAUGUUGCAGUCAUUGUCAUGGCGUGUCGGGAGUUUGAGAUGGGCAGGAAAAAAUGUGAGCGGUACUAUCCCCUGCUCGGAGAUGAGCCCAUGUCCUUUGGCCCUUUCAGGAUCUCCUGUGAAUCAGAACAACCUAGAACUGACUAUUACAUUCGUAGCCUUACAGUGGAGUUUGACAAUGAGUCUCGUAGAAUAACCCAAUUCCAUUACAUCAACUGGCCAGAUCAUGAUGUUCCCUCAUCAUUUGACUCAAUAUUGGACAUGAUAGCACUGAUGAGAGAGUACCAGGAGCACGAUGAUGUUCCCAUCUGUGUACACUGCAGUGCUGGAUGUGGGCGAACAGGCGCCAUUUGUGCCAUCGACUAUACAUGGAACCUGCUAAAAACUGGGAGAAUUCCCGAGGAUUUUAACGUGUUUCAGUUGAUUCAGGAGAUGCGAACACAGAGGCACUCGGCCGUUCAAACAAAGGAGCAGUAUGAGUUAGUCCACAGAGCGAUCGCCCAACUUUUCGAGAAGCAGCUGUUGUUGUUGGAGAGUCCUACCAAUUCAGAGCUAACAGAUGGCAUGGAUGAAGGCAGUCCGGAAAAACCCAGCCAGAAUUCAGAUGAGGACCAGUGGGACACGCCUCCACCCAAACCGCCGCGUAUUCGGAGUUCUCAGGUUGAGGGUGAAGUUCAAGAGGAAAUCCUGCAGGCCCCUGAGCCCCGUCCGGUGCCGCCUAUCCUCACUCCAUCGCCACCUUCUGCGUUCCCGACGGUGAGCGAUGUGCGUCAGGAGAACGAUCGCUACCACCCCAAACCCGUGCUGCACCUGCUGGCGACUGAACACGAACCGGACCUCAACGAGAACUACAGUGGCGACCCCCAGGAAGUCCCCACUAUGCCUGUCUCAGUGCCUGCCUCAGUCUCUUCACCCUCAGAGUCCAAUAAACACACCCCUCUGAGUGUGGAGAUCAAGAAAGUGCCCUUGCAGGAGGGACCACGUAGUUUCGAGAACAGUAGUGCACUGCAACGAACACAUGCUUUCAAAGUGCGUUCCAGUAACAGCUCUCUGUCACAGGAUUCGGAAAACCCGCCCCGCCCAGACCACUUGCCUCUGCGUGCCAACAAGGGGCAGGUGGUCUGGACGCGCUCUGCAAACCCCACACCUGUCUCCAGCCUGACCUCUGGCACCACUCCUGAGAGUGAAGGGGCUCCCAUCAGGACCGCUCUGAGCUUCACCAACCCGCUGCACUCGGACCACUCGGACCCUGAGGACGGCGAGGACUCCCUGCCUCUUUCCAGUCACAUUGACUGCCAAUCUAGUGUCUCCACAGCAACCGGCAAAGUCUCAGCAGCACCCCAUGACGACAGCGUCCCCCGGAAGGUUACCUCAAUGUCCAUAGCUGGUGUUUGCUCGGAGGCAGAUGCGGAGACAGACAGCGACGAGAGUGACGACUCGCCUCCCCCUCUUCCUGAAAGAACCUUUGAGUCCUUCUUUUUGGCCACAGAUCCAGUGGAUGUGCAAGGCGAGGUACAUGAAUGUACAGGAGCAGUAGGAGAUGCCUCUCUCCAGCGAGCAACUAACAAGCAAAUAAAACACCAGACAGAACGAGGGCAGGAGAAUGGAAAGCACUCUGACUUCAACAAAGCAGAUGCAAGAACAGAUGCUGAGACAGUUUCACAAAUGGGAUUUGGAAACCGCUGCACGCAACCCAAAGGCCCAAGAAACCCUCCAUCCGAGUGGACAUGAUCAAGGACGUUCCAAACACAGUCGAUCAAAGUCGACCCUGAACACACCAUCACAUACACACAGACGUAAUCCCACUGCUCGGCUCUCCUCUUAGUGUUAUUGGAGAAAGAGGAUCUCAGCACCGUGCUUCAAUCAGUCUGUGAUCCAGAUAAUCUUCCAUGCUGCGGUCUCACACACUCCUGCUGCUGCUGUAUGAGGACUGACCGCCAUGGGUUCCCUGCACUGGUGCUCCCCUUUCUCCUCACUGGGACCACAAUCCUGUUUUAUUUCUGUCUAGUGAAAGCAAAAUCGGAUCGGACAGCCCAAAUUUAGUGCACUGCUGUCUCGGGAAAUUCCCUCGUCUCUUUUUUAUGACAAUUCAGUACAGUAUAUACUAGUGUAUAAAUAUAUAUACACACACACACACCUCUUGGGACUGAAAAUUAGUUGUCUGUUAUUUUCCUUCUCUUUGACGGCCCUGUAUGCAUUGUUUUAUAGGUGUGCUAUUGCUUAAUAUUCUUAUUAACAGAAGAUGUAAGAAGUCUGUGCAUGAUGCCCCAUGUACUGUGACCUGUAAAUUAUUUGCUCCUGUUAUCACAAUUUUUUUUUUGUUUUCUUUUUCAGUGUUUAUAGUUUUUUUUUUUUUUUCCCCAAAAAAACGUUAGCUUGUUUUAUUAGAUGUUUCCUGAGAUAUAACGGGCUCAAGAUUGUAAUAACGCAUUUUUGUAAAUUGUAUUCCAAAGGUUAUUUUUGUAUAUGCUUCACCCCACGGUCCUGGCCUCCGAGCCUCACUGUGCCUUUAUGCAUGCCCCUCACGUGAGCUGUGCGCGUGUGUAUAGGUACAUGUGCAAGUUUGAUCAAAAGAGGGAUUUAAAGCACCGUAUUCAAGCCUCUGGGAUCCUACUCCUCAAACCUGUUACUUUGUUGCAUAAAUCAAUCAACUUCUCAGUUAAAAAAAAGACUUGAAGAGGAACUUGCACUGUGGUCUGUCUUGCUUCUCAUUAAUGAAUCAUGUGCGCGCACGUGCGUGCGUUUUAUCAUGACACUUUAUAAAGAAAACCGUUAGUGCUAUCUCCUUUACUGUGAUGACAAUAAAAAAAGUGCUCAAUAGACCCACUUGUAAACACACCAAACCAGUUCACCAUGAUAAAAACUAGCUGUGGGAAUUGUGUAAGGGUAAGGACAGUGUAUACAUGAUGGCCUAAAGGGUGUAACUGUGCAAACCUGAGCAGAAAAAAAACUGUAAAUGCACUUUUAUUACUAUUAUAGUCUAUGCAGUGCUUUCAGAGGCUGUGUG